CUGAUGUGGAGUCCAGUAAGACGAGGGGACGGCAAUCAGCUGUUAAAAAACACAAGCAUAAGAAGAAGAAUCACAAAACUGGAGCAAUUGCGCUUUGAUUGACUUCGUCCAGCAACGAGGCUGUUGGCUGAGUGCCCCUGUUUAGUUUGUUGGGUCCUUCUUCCAAUCACAGAAGGAUGGCCGAGGCACACGAAAAAAAUUAUCUUAUCUGAUCCAUCACUUGCUUCGCCCCAGGCGUGAGCACGCCAGCACGGCUUACCCUUCCUGCAUCGCUAGCUCCUCACGAAUAAAUAAGCUCUAGGCCGCCCUCCCCAUUUUUUACCACUCUCCGACCUUAUAGUGUUCUCAUUCACGUCUUCUGUUGAUAUACAGUCUAUAAGACUGUUCAACUGGUCGCUUUCAUUGCAUUUUGCCGUCUUAUCCAUCAUGGCGGAACCAAUUCAGCGCCCCACCGUCGCUGCCAAGGACUACUCUGACGAUGACAAGGACGCCACAACACAAACUGCCAAGGAGAGAUUUGACGAUGAGAGAAGUAUCACUGAUAGUGAAAUCUUGCACGCAGCUGGCGUCGGCCUAAGGCAGGAUGACCCUACGCUGCCCUGUCUAACCCUGCGUAUGUGGGUAAUUGGUAUUGCCUUCUGCUUGCUUGGAAGUGGUGUCAACACCCUCUUCACCUUUCGCUUCCCAUCCGUGACACUAUCUCAAUCGGCGAUCCAAUUCUUGGCCUAUCCGGUUGGAAAGGUCUGGGAGUUUGUUCUACCAGACAUUGGCUUCACGGCCUUUGGUGUCAGACACAGCUUGAACCCGGGUCCUUUCAACUACAAGGAAAACAUCCUCAUUUACAUCCUUGCCAACCUGAGCUUCCUCACUCGUCUGAGUGCUGAUGUUCUCACUGAGCAGCGUGUCUUCUAUGGCCUGCGUCUUGGCUGGGGCUUUGAAAUUACAAUCACUCUUGCCACCAUGCUCUUCGGUUUUGCUCUCGCCGGUCUCUGUAGAGCUGUGGUUAUUGAGCCCAAGUCUCUUGUAUGGCCUGGCGUACUCGGAAACACUGCUCUAAACAACGCGCUACACUCUGUCGAGAAGAACACAGAGACCGGUUCCAUCGCAAUGUCAUCUCGCUACAAAUUCUUCAUGAUGGCCUUUUCGGCGUCAUUUAUCUGGUACUGGUUCCCUGACUUCAUCUUCCCUGCCCUCGGCUAUUUCACUUGGGUGUGCUGGAUCGCCCCAAGAAACAAGGUGGUGAACCAAGUUUUUGGUAUGAAGAGUGGCUUGGGUCUUAUCCCAGUAACAUUUGACUGGGCGCAGGUUGCUUACAUCGGAUCGCCACUGGUCAUUCCCACUUGGGCAAUUCUUAACGUUCUAGCCUCUCUUGUCUUUUGGAUCUACAUCAUCACUCCCGUCAUCUACUACACCAACACUUGGUACACUGCAUAUCUACCUGUACAGAGUAACUCCAUCUACGACAACAAAGGCGAGGUCUACAAUGUCACACGUGUGAUUAACAAAAAGAACGGUUUUGUGCUUGACUUACACAAGUAUAACGAUUACUCUCCGAUUUACCUACCUGUAACUUACGCCCUGAACACUUUCGGUCUCUGCUUUGCGACUAUUCCUGCGCUAUUCACUUGGCUUCUGCUGGAAAAGCGACAGGAAAUAUUGGAAGCUAUGCGAACCUCGCCUUUGUUGAAGUUGUUCAACCGCAACAAGUCAGACGACGAAGUUCAGCCUAACAACUCCUCCCCGUAUAGACAGGUUUCUUCGCUAUGGUACAUCGUUGUACUGUUAGUCUCGCUUGGUGUUGGCAUCUUUGCCUGUGAAUACUAUCCAGUGCAAUUGCAUUGGUAUGGCGUUAUACUCGCAUACGUAGUCUCUGCUGUCUUUUUCAUCCCGCUCGCAUGGCUCUAUGCUACCACCAACGUCAAGAUUCAAAUUGACAUAUUCUGUCGUUUACUUGCAGGAUAUAUUUGGGAAGGCAAAGUACUUGCCAAUAUCUGGUUCUUCAACCUUGGUUACAUCACAGGUAUCAAGGGACUCGCAUUCGCUCAAGAUAUCAAAUUGGGGAUGUACUGCAAUAUUCCUCCUCUGUACCUGUUCACUGUACAGGUUGUAGGCAUCAUCAUGGGCAGCCUGGGGCAGGUCUCCGUGCUCAACUGGGCAUUGGAUCACAUCCCAAAGAUUUGUACCAAAGAUGCUGAAAACGGUUUCAACUGCCCUUUUUCACGAACCCAUUUCAACACUAGCAUGAUUUGGGGUGCCAUUGGACCUCGUCGUUUCUUCGCGCCAGACGCCCUUUUCCGCCCGCUUUUGUGGUUUUUCCUCCUUGGUGCGCUUCUUCCUACCGCUGUAUACAUUCUCAAACGAAGAGUGUUCCCCAAUGUCAAGGUCUUGCACUAUAUCCACAUUCCCUUAUUCCUUGGUGGCCUCAACUACAUCCCACCCGCCUCCGGCGUGAACUAUGGCAGUUGGUGCCUGGUUGGCCUCCUCUUUAGCGUUUACAUCAAGAAUCACUACCGACAUUGGUGGACGCGAUACAAUUUCCUUCUUAGUUCUGCGAUGGACUGUUCUGUCGCCAUCUGCGGUAUUCUCAUCUUCUUCGCACUCUUUUACACAGGGGCGUCUAAGCAUUUCAAAUGGUGGGGAACUCAGGUGCACCAAAACACUUGCGAUUGGGACAGUUGCACAUAUAUGAGUCUUGGUAAGAACAAGACUAUCCCAAAAUACUGAGUUUAUGAUAUAUUUAGCAUUGCAUAUAUAGCUACUAGGCUGUUUGAUUUACAAAAAAGUAUGUGUUGCGGGUGUUGUGGCGUGUGAUAGAGUCUUCAAGGGCGGGUAGAUACGGAGCGAGACGCAUUUAUGUCGUUAUUUAUUUUAUUAAUAUGAUUAUUAUCUUAGAAUUAACUCGCUAAAUAAUAUAUUAUAAUUUUCCAAGCCAUCAGGCUUCUCGUUCGCUGAUUAGUGUCAAUCGG